AUGCAAGUUCCUCCGCUGACGGUGACGGAGGCUGCCAAAUGCAAACCGGAGCAACCUUCUCAAAUCUCAACUAACGCCACACCAACACUUGACUUUCAAAUCUUCAAAACGACAACGUAUAUAGGGCUUCUCAUGGAGACGCAACCACACGAUAAUUUGCAGCACGAGCCGGUUUCUUCUAGCGACGCCGUAAUUCUACCCAACGACGCGGUGGUCGAUGCAGUGGCCGAUGUUUCAAAUCACAGAGUCACCGAACAAAAAAUAGAUGUUUCAAGGGAUGAAGUUGUUCGGAUUCUACAAGCUAUUGCAUCCUCCGGGAGGUUCUGGCAUGACUGGGAUAAUCUCAAGAGUAUGCUCUCAUUUCAGCUGAAGCAGGUGUUGUCCGAGUACCCUGAGGCAAAAAUGACAAGUGAGCAGCAAUAUGCUUCACUAAGAGAAUCCUACUCUGAUUUGGUCCACAAACUGGAUGAUGCACUUACAUGUUUUAUAGAUGGCCCACCAUUUACGUUGCAAAGGGUUUGUGAGAUUCUAUUGGACGCAAGAAACAUUUAUCCAAAUCUUUCCAAGCUUGCUUUAGCUCUUGAAAAGAAUUUAUUAGUUACAUCUACAUUGACAAUCUGCACUGAUCCAUAUCCACAAGAACCAGUACAAGAGACUGAUGCCAUAGAGAUGCCAAGUGAAAAGCAGCAGGAGCAGCAAUCUGAUGGUGCACAAAAUGGCACCGAGCCUUCGGUAACAGACAAUGACGAAGUAAUGGUUGAGGCUGAUACGGGUGACGAUGUGACCAUUGAAAUGGAAACUUUUGAAGACGCAAAAUCAUCAGAAAAUGAUCCCGAGCCAAAUGCUAAUGAUGCACAAGCUUCGUGA